CUUAAAUUGAUGAAAAAGUUGACUAAAAAUUCGACUUUUUAUAUGACCAAGUAAAUACUAGAACUAGAAGAUUAAUAUGUUGAGAAGAGAUCCCACAAGAAUAGAAUUAAAGAUAGAUGAUUUAGAAGAAUAUAAUAAUAUGAAAAAAGAGAGUUUAGAAGCUGAUUCCAAAACCAAAAGUGCAUGUAGUGAUGGAACAAGUGCAACACCAGCACAAGAUUCAUUUGAUUUUGGAUUACCUUUAAGAACUAGAACUGAAAUAAUUCAUUCUAGAAUUGGAUAUGAUCCUAAACCAACGCCUACCUCAAGUGGUUUACCUAUUCAUCGAUAGCUAAUUGUUUAAAUACAUAUUCUCAGAAAUUAACAGCUCAGGUUAGACCUAAAAGGCUAAACACUAAUAGGCAUACUUAUGAAGAAUAAAGUGUAAAAUGACAUGUAUUUCUCUUUAAAACACAAGAAACAUGGGUGUGAAUUUUUUUUAAAGAACAACAGCUUGUGAUCUAGUUGAAGAUUUUAAAUAGGAUGGAAGCAUUAUAGAUAUAAUUUAUAAAUAUAUAUUUGUUUAAUCAUGAAAUUGUUGCCAUAAUAAUCCAUAAAACUAUGUGCCACUGUUAACAAAUAACAUUAACAUUAAUUUACUUUUUUUUUUUUUCUUUUUCUUUUUUUUUUGGCUCAAAGAGCAAUUGACCUGGGUCACAAGAUACUUUUGAUAAAGAAUGUUGCUUAUUGAAUAGUAUUUGUGAAAAAUGAUGUCAAAUUUAUUUGACGGGACGUAAAAAGUUCUUCGACGUUAGAAGAUAUAGCCCAAUAAAAUAUUAGAAAAAGAGAUAUUAAAGUUUGCUUAAGUUGUUGAGUAAAAUGGAUAUUUAUAAAGAUAAAAUUGAGUACUGGUGUUGUAAGAUGGAUCCUGUUUAAUAGAAAAUGAUGAUAAAUGUUUGUUUAUUGACAUGUGAAAAAUUAAACAAUGGUAAUUGUAAUUUUUUUUUUUUUAAUUAUCAAUAAAAAUGGAAAACUGC